GUCACCGACUCCAGUCAAGAGGUUUUGGCAAACUGGUCAAACUAGAUUAUUCCUCUGCAAUGCUAAACACACUAAGAUAUGGAGUCUGAAAAGGUUCCACAUCCACAUCUUGUCCUAGACACAGGACAAGUUCAACAGAAUGGUCAUAUAAUACAGAAGUUGGAAUCAAGAAUUAGACUACUAAAUGGAAAUACUGAUAGGAAUGGAAAUGACAAUCACUCUCAUAUUGUAAACUUGGAAGGUACUGUAUCACCAAACAGUCUUCGUCCAGAUACACCGACAUCUGCUACAAGGAAAUCAGCAUGGGAAAGAGCAAGGGACAAAUAUAAAGCUCAAGAAUUAGAAUGUAGCAAAAAGAAAACAAAAGUAAAACCUUUUGUUGAUCCUGAUGAAAAAGUAGAACAGAAGAAAUUUCUUAACUUAAGUGGUGUUAAAGAAGUAUUUUCAUCUAGUCACUUCCAAAAUAAGGAUCUUGAGCGAUUAUACCAGCGGUAUUUCUUCAAACUGAAUCAGUUGAACUUGUGUAUUUCUUUGGGAUUCAUUUGUGUUGUUAGUAUAAUACUGCUAGUGACUUACUAUAUUUAUGGAGCUAUUAUGCCGGCAAGAGCCAUCAAUUUUGGCAUUUUGUUUUUUUUGUGUAUAUUUUUAGAAUUUUUAUGUAAUCGAUCAUCUUUUGACCAACAGCAAAUGCUGAUAACCUUGUUCAUCAUUAUUUUGUUUUUCUGUGCAUCAUGCGUUCUUGUUUCUCUUGACAACUCACCAAAAUCAGGAUCUGAUGGAGUUUGGAUGAAUGUUAUAUUCAUAUACAUGAUCUACACACUGUUACCUAUUAGAAUGAGAUUUGCAUGCCUUACUGGAAUCACACUGUCCAUUAUCAGUGUAUCAUGUACUGUCAGCUUUACAGCAGACAAAGAAUACCGAGUUAAGCAGGGGAUUGCAAAUGCAUUGAUAUUUACAGCUACAAAUUUGGUAGGGAUAUUCACACAUUGGCCAACAGAGUACAAUCAGAGACAAGCUUUCCUAGAAACAAGACGAUGUAUAGAGGCUCGUCUGACAACACAGAGAGAAAAUCAAGAACAAGAAAGAUUGCUACUCUCUGUAUUGCCUAGACAUGUUGCCAUGGAGAUGAAAGCAGACAUAGCUGGUGCACCAAAGGAUACUAUGUUCCAUAAAAUCUAUAUUCAGAGACAUGACAAAGUCAGUAUUUUGUUUGCUGAUAUUUGUGGCUUCACAGCAUUAUCCUCCCAAUGCACUGCUCAGGAACUUGUACAGCUACUCAAUGAAUUAUUUGCUCGUUUUGACCGACUUGCUGCAGACAACCAUUGCCUUAGAAUUAAGAUUUUAGGAGACUGUUAUUAUUGUGUGAGUGGACUUCCUGACAUCAGAGCAGAUCAUGCUCAGUGUUGUGUGGAGAUGGGGCUUGAUAUGAUAGAAGCUAUUUCACUUGUGAGAAAUGUAACAGGAGCUGAUGUUAAUAUGAGAGUUGGAAUCCAUUCUGGAAGAGUCCAUUGUGGAGUUUUGGGGCUAAGGAAAUGGCAGUUUGAUGUCUGGUCCAAUGAUGUGACAUUAGCUAAUAUAAUGGAAGCAGGAGGACUCCCAGGUCGGGUCCACAUAACUGAGGAGACAAUGAAACUUCUGAAAAAUGACUACGAAGUUGAGGAAGGCAAUGGUGCAGAUAGACAUCCAUAUCUAAAAGAAAAAAACAUAUCUACUUAUCUUAUUGUACAGGAGGAAAAUCGUCUUAGUAAGGAAAGACCACCUUCACCAAAGUCUGCUUUUCGUAAGAAACAUUCCAUUGGCAUGUUUAAUGGUAGUGCUAAAGAUAAAAAGUUUCACAGUGAUCCUAAUGCAGCUAUCCAUCAGAAACUUGGUAUUGGUGAUGACCAGAAUACUAAAGACCCAAAUGAUGAAGUAAACGACUAUCUCCGUCGAGCUAUAGAUGCCAGGAGUAUAGAUAAACUCCGUUCAGACCAUGUUAAAUUUUUCUUUCUUACAUUCCUAAAGACAGAUUUAGAGGAAAAGUAUUGUAAAGUUCGAGACACAAUGUUUACAUCACAUAUUGGUUCCACAUUGAUCACUUUGCUAUUUGUUUGCACCAUACAUUUAGUUAUUUUACCACAGUCUGUUGUAAUGUUUGUGUUGUUUCCGAUCUCCUGUCUCGCUAUACUUGGUUUAUUUUUUCUUAUGUUAUCAGAACCAUUUAUGUGGACACCUAGGAGAAUCAAGGCAAUAGCCAGGACAAUAGCUGUGAAUCAUUGGUAUAAUCAAAUUGUAGCUGUGAUAGUCAUUAUAUUUCUGUAUUCUAGUGCCUUAUUUCCUAUGGUGUCUGUAUAUCAGUAUAAUUUAAAAGAAUGUCUGUCCACGCAUUUUGGUAUUCCUGUAUCAUCAGUCAACCUAACACAUCUUGACCAGGCCAAUAUCAGUCUCGGUAUCGAGAAUUCAAUAUGUAAUCCUCAACAUAAAACAUCACAUUUUCCAGAGUAUCUAUCAUUUUGUAUGUUGUUGGUGAUGAUAGCAUUAGGCGUGUUCAUACAAGCCAGCAGUGUCCUGAAAUUAUUGGUAUGGACUGUGAUGGCAUUCUUCCACUUGUUAUUGGUGGAAGUAUUCUUUGUUGAUCUCCUUAACAACAGAGAUUUUCUUAUUAGUGCUAAUAGAGGUAUAAACACGUGGGAUACCUUGACGGUGAUACCUCUGAAAUGGGAGAUAAUUUUGUUUUUGAUUUUCUUUGUGGUUUUGUUAUUUGUACACAGUCAGCAGGUUGAAGCAACUGCAAGAUUAGAUUUCUUAUGGAAAAUUCAGGCUACAGAAGAGAAAGAACAAAUGGAAAGUUUACGAGCAUACAAUCUCAAACUGAUAGCAAAUAUAUUACCUCUACAUGUGGCUGAGAAUUUCCUCAAAAAUCAACAUAAGAAAGAUGAGGAUCUGUAUCAUUUAGAUAUAGAUAACACAGGAAUAAUGUUUGCAUCUAUUGCCAACUUUAAUGAUUUCUACAUUGAGUUAGAGGGCAACAAUGAAGGAGUGGAAUGUCUGAGGCUGUUGAAUGAAAUAAUAGCUGAUUUUGAUGAGAUCAUCAGUGAAGAGAGAUUUAAAUGUUUAGAAAAAAUCAAAACAAUAGGAUCGAGUUACAUGACAGCCUCAGGUUUAACUAAGGAAACAAACUACGCUGACAUGAGGCAUAUUGUAGCCCUGGCAGAGUUUGCUUUCUCACUCAGAGAACAACUCCAGUAUGUCAAUGAACAUUCAUUCAAUAACUUCAAGUUAAGGAUUGGCAUGAAUGUUGGACCUAUAGUGGCAGGUGUAAUUGGUGCUAGGAAACCUCAUUAUGAUAUCUGGGGAAACAGUGUAAACGUGGCAAGUCGCAUGGAUAGUACAGGUGUUCAGGAUCGUAUACAGGUCACCCAGGAAAUAUACAACAUUUUACAUAAGAAAGGGUAUGUUCUUGAGUGUCGAGGAAUUGUGAGGGUCAAAGGAAAAGGUGAAAUGACAACCUAUUACCUUACAGACAGGCCACCAGUAGCUUACAGUAAAGCUUGAAGCAUUCCACAUAUUUAUCAUCAGUGAUGUGCAAAACUGUAUGAAGAUAUAAAAGUGUCAUGAAAACAGUUUCUUUGUACAAUUGCAUAAUCUUCUAUAUUCAAGUUUGGAUAGUUAACUUGUGAAUGUUAGACCCUGGCUCUAUACUGCCACUAAUUGUACAGCAGAUUUUUAAAAGUUUACCUGUAAUGCAUUGUAGUCUUUAAAUUUUGUUUCAUUUAAGGAUUUAAAGCAAAAAUUACAAACAAUAUGCAAGACAACUACUAAAAACCCUUUUAACUGUUUUUAAAGAAAGCUGUUAUUUUUAUUUGAAGAGGAUUCUAAAAGAUUUGAAAAGAAUUUACUUUUGUGAUAUUAUUUUUUACCAAAGUAAUGUAAUUUUUAACCAGGUGAGGGUGCAACACAGUUGUUCCUGUGCACUAACUUUAACUUUUCACCGUGAAAAAAGGACAUAUGAUGGUAUAGUUUUUGUGUCAAUUCUACAAUGACUGGUGAUAUGUCAGGCUAAACGUAAGGAUCUUUAUUUUUAGCUUAGUUUUACACAAUGUUUGGUUCUAUAAAGACAAGCUCUCAUUUGAUUGUUAGAAUUGUAAGAUUUUCAGAUUUGUCAUUCCAUAGUUAUGGGACUUACAUUAUAGGAAAUUUGAUAAGAAAAAACAUGUCUCAUGACAUUUAACAAGUUUGUGAUAAAUUUAUGAAAUAUUUGCAUAUUUUGGUCAUAAGUCAAGCUACUUUUGAAUUUGACAAUUUGAUUUAUUCCUCACUAGAGAAUUAUGGGACUUAAUUGAAUACAUUUGGAGCACAUCUUAUAAAAUCAAAUUUCUCACUGAUGAUUUCAAUGAUAUUUUAAAUUGUCAUUCCAGAGUUAUAGGGCUUAAUUUGUUAAAAAUAUGAAUGAUUUCUAGUAAAUGUGUCAUUAUUUGUUUCAUUAAAUUUCAUUUUAAAAUAGCUGUUGCUCCAUAACCUUUUUGGACAACAAAUGGGGGUUUGAAUAUUAUAUGGCAGAGUUUAUAAUUGGUAUUGUGAAGACGCUUAUAGUUGAGCCAUGUUUGGUCUUUUUACAAAAAUUUUAAUAUGUACUGAAUUUCUCUGGUAAAUCAGUAGCAGAAUGAACAUGAACAUCAAUAAUCUGAAAUGACUGCAGAAAAACUAAAUAAACAUAAGUCAAAGGCCGUUCUUUGACCUGUAUUUGUUAAUUUUUAUACAUUGUGACUUGGAUGGAGAGUUGUCUCAUUGGCACUCAUACCACAUCUUCUUAUUUAUAUAAGUUACCCACAACAUUGGAGAUGACGGAAAUUUAUGUAAUGUUACUGGUAGGAAUAGCUGUAACCUGGCACUAAUACAUAUAUAUAUUGGUCCCAGCUGUAAAUUGAUAUUUAUGGUUAUACAUAUCACAUUUUUAUUCUCUUGAUAUAUUGUAUGGUUCUAAUUAAGUAUUAUGUAUGUGCAAUUAUAUGAUUUAUUUUCCUGCCACAUUGUUCAUAUAUUAUUUUCAUGUCAAAGUUGUAUUUUGGCUCAUCAUUUUUGCUAAUUUAUGUUAAAGUCUAGUCACUUU